AGGGGCCGAGAUAACUUGCAGCUCAUACUUACUCACUGAGGGGUCUCGUAAGACGAAAGUGCACUUAGAGGUCUGUUCCAGACUAUGCCAAGCCCACCGUUUCCAUCUCCCCCACCAAGCUGGAUCCCACUUCGCCUAACACCAUCUUCCUCUGCAUCGCGAGAGGCUUCUACCCCGUGGAGAUCGAGGUCCAGUGGCUGAAGAAUGGGCAGCUGGAGGAGGAGGGAGUGGCCUUUGGGGAGGAGCUCCAGAAUGGAGACUGGACCUACCAGCUCCAGGUGAUGCUGGAGACCCAGCCCCAGCGGGGGGAUGUCUACACCUGCCAGGUGGGGCAUGCAAGCCUGGAGGCCCCCAUCACCGUCCAGUGGGAGCCCCGUUCCUCCAACUCAGCCAGGAGCAAACUCUGGACGGGGAUCAUGACAGCUGUGAUCGGGGUGAUCUUCUUUGCCAUGGGGCUCUCCCUCCACCUGAAGAGCAAGAAAGCAACUCCCAUCCAGCCUCCUGCAGCACUCAUGAAUUAAUCCUGCGGUCCUUCCUGCUUCCUGGUGGGAAAAGAAGGGGCUUUUUUCCAUUAGCUGAAGAAUUUCUGUCUCUGCAACCUCUGAAAAAUGGAGGGUCAAGAUUUUAGAUUGGGGGAGGAGGAGAAUGGCAGCCUGGAGCUUUUUCUGCUGAGACCCCUCUGACUUUCCUUUGAAGGCCUCUCUUUCUUGUGAGGGAGCGGUAGAGACCCUCUAGACUGACCCCUGGGACUCUGAACUUGUUUGUCAGUCCAGACACCCAAAUCUCUCCUGGCUUUAAAUCCACAGCAGCUUCAUCUUCAUUACUUUUCAUCUGAAUCCCUUCCCUUCGCUUUGCUAUAAAAGAAUAAACAUUGUAGGAAAAAUCCUA